AUGAUUAUUGUUGAGGAUAGCAUCUCCUCUGAGAGGAAUCCUAAAAGCUAUCUACAGUUGUACCAAGGAUUUUUCUUUGCGCCGGUAUACGAGCACGAGCACGAUGGUGCUUUUUUGACCAAACAGGCAUACGAAGCUAUGGAAGAGGGAGAUUUCAAUAAAGUACCACUUAUGAGUGAUCAUGAUUUUGUAAAAUCUGUGCUAAAGUUCGCUGAGCAGUUGGUGAAACACUCGCAAAACCCAUACCUCUACCAGUUCUCUUACAAAGGUGUCUUGGUUUUCACAGAAAUCAGUCAGUUAUUCUUCUUACUAUUAUAA